AUGAGAGUCCCUUUAAAAGAGACGGUCCAGUUGAUCUCAUGACCUGGAUGAUCGCUCGUCAUCAUGGCUCUGAAUAUGAGCUGCUGUUGGAAAGGGUUUCUUCUGCUCUCUUUCCUCCUGAUAUGUGUCAAUGGACAAACAAGGCCAUCUUUCAUGGUGACAUUUCCUGCUGUGAUUGAGUCGGGAUCUGAGGCCAAACUGUGUGCAAGUCUUCUCAAGCCCAAUGAAAGCCUUGUCAUGAACAUUCAUCUUGUUCAUGGAAACCAGAGCACGUUACUGCUGCAGGAGAAAGCCGAGGAGGAGUUUCACCGCUGCUUUAACUUCAAGGUUCCUCUGGUCGAAGCAGAAUCAGUGCAGAAUAUAAAGGUAGAACUUCACGGAAAGGCUUUCAAUAUGACCGAAGAGAGAAAAGUCAUGUUCAAGCCUCUGACCUUUAUCCAUCCUCUGACCUUUAUCCAGACUGAUAAACCCAUCUAUAAUCCAGGACAGACAGUAAACUUCAGAGUUGUUUCCAUGGAUACAAACUUUGCACCCCUUGUUCAGCAGUAUAGUAGAGUGGUUCUUGAGGACAGUAAAGGUAACCGGAUUGGUCAAUGGACAAAUGUUUCUUCACCAAGGUGGAUUUUGCAGCGUUCUUAUGAAUUAAACCCCGAGGCCCGUGAAGGCAUGUACAAACUGAAGGCUUUUAUUAGUGACUGGAUGAUCUCACAUCAUUUUGAGGUGAAAAAGUAUGUUUUGCCUAAGUUUGAAGUUACUGUAAAAAGCCAGAAUAAAUUAAAUUUUGAAGAAGAGGAACUGAUAAUUGAGGUUUGCGGAAAAUACACGUACGGACAGCCCGUAGCUGGUAAAUCAUGGGUGAAAGUGUGCCGUGAUCAUUCCCAGUCCCAUCAUUUUCUUUACUACUUCCAUCAAAUCACUUCAGUGUGUUUAGAGGAAACCAUUGAGAUAAAAAAGACAGGCUGUGCCAUCCAUACCUUAGAUACAUCAGUCUUUCUGAACACCACACUAAAGGCUGUCCUGCAGAAUUCCCUUCAUGUUGAGGCAGUGCUGACGGAAGAAGGAACAGAGAUCACCAUGAGACAAUCUAAAUUUGUAUCUCUCACUCAUGAAAUUGGUAACGUCACAUUUAUUGACCUUCCCAAAACAUAUGAACAUGGAUCAGUUAUAGAAGGAAAAAUCAAACUCUCAAAUUUAAAAGGCGCACCAAUUCAAAACAAACAGGUUUAUCUUAUAGAGGAUAAACAUUGGACUUCAAAACUGCUCCUAAAUCUCACGACAGACAGCGAUGGACUGGCCAGCUUCUCUCUCAAUACAUCCAGUCUUUCUGAACAGGAUAUUGACCUAAUUGCAAGUGUCUAUCAAGGGGGGCGUUUUUAUGACCACAACAGGCCUCACAUCUCUGCGGAUAAAAAAACAGUUCAGCUCCUCCAUCCUGUUGCAUAUCCUGUUCCAUAUCCACACAAUCCAACAAGUGAACUGAUUAUAGAGAAUACUAAGCAGCCAUUAAAGUGUGACUCUGAGUUUACAGCCACCAUCAAGUAUUCGUUUCUUGGGGAGACAGUUGAAGACUUCAAAACUGACAUUGUCUAUAUGGUCUUGUCCAGAGGAGUGAUCGUUCAUCAUGGAUAUGAGAAGGUUGAAGUGAAAUCUUCUAAUGGAGUAGCAAGAGGCACGGUGUCAUUCAAACUGUCUGUUGGUGGAUAUCUGUCUCCUGUAAUGCAGAUUCUGGCGUACUGUGUUCUGCCCAGUGAAGAUGUUGUUGCUGGUAGCAGAAAUUUUGACACUGAAAAGUGUUUCAAAAACAAGGUGUCUCUGCAGUUUUCUCCUGCUAAAGCAGUUCCUGGUGAGAAAAACACUCUCCAGCUCUCAGCUCAGCCUGGUUCGCUGUGUGGCCUCAGUGCUAUAGAUCAGAGCAUCCUGAUCCUGAAGUCUGGACAACGCCUGGAUACUGACAAGAUCUUCAACCUGCUGCCAGUGCAAUCGAGGUCAGAUUUUCCUUACGCUGUUGAAGAUGAGCAGGAGCAGGAGUGUCUGCACAUGAGACCCCAUCAACGUGUGCCGACAGGCAAAGCCUAUGAAUCCUUGAAGAGAGUGGGAUUGAAGAUGGCAACAAAUUUGGUUGUGCGAUUCCCUCGGUGUCUGUCAUACAGUGGCUAUACGCUAGGUACAUCAUGUACUGAGAUAGCUCCUGCUCCAUUGCCUCCACAAGUGUCUUUUUCAUUGCAACCUGAUUUUAGUGCUGGUGAUUUUAUAACCACUGACAGAGAUUCUCCAGUAGUUACGGUUCGGUCCGUCUUUCCAGAAACCUGGAUCUGGGAACUUGUUGAAGUGGGGGACUCUGGAUCAGCUCAGAUUCCUGUCACGGUUCCUGACACCAUCACUUCUUGGGAGACGGAGGCCUUCUGUCUGUCCUCCGAAGGUCUGGGUCUGGCUCCUCCUGCUCAGCUGACAGUUUUCCAGCCCUUCUUCCUGGAGCUCUCUCUGCCUUACUCCAUCAUCCGUGGGGAGAUCUUUGAGCUGAAGGCCACUGUCUUCAACUAUCUGUCCAAGUGCAUCAUGGUUAAAGUGACUCCAGCUCCUUCAUCAGACUACACUCUCAAAGCCUCCUCUGAUGAUCAGUAUUCAUCCUGUCUAUGUGCUGCUGGAAGAAAAACCUUUAAAUGGAUCCUCAGUCCUUCUGUUCUUGGAGUCUUGAAUAUCACUGUCAGUGCGGAGGCAGAGGCGUCCCAGACUGUGUGUGACAAUGAGAUCGUGAGCGUCCCAGAGAGAGGACGCAUUGACACGGUCACACGAAGUCUGCUCGUACAGGCGGAAGGAACUGAAAAGACUGAGACUCACAGCUGGUUACUGUGUCCAAAGGGUGACACUCUCUCAGAGGAAGUGGCUCUGACCCUCCCUAAAGAUGUGAUAGAGGGAUCAGUCAGAUCCUCUGUUUCAGUCAUUGGAGACAUAUUGGGUCGGGCGCUGAGGAAUCUUCACGGAUUAUUACGGAUGCCGUACGGCUGUGGAGAACAAAACAUGGCUGUUCUUUCUCCCAAUAUUUACAUACUGCAGUAUCUGGAGAACACGGAGCAGCUCACCUCAGCCAUCCGAGAGACAGCCACAGGCUUCCUGAAGAGCGGAUACCAGAGACAAAUGAACUACAGGCAUUUUGAUGGAUCAUACAGCACAUUUGGUAAUGGUGAUGGGAAUACAUGGUUGACUGCCUUUGUGCUGAGGUCCUUUGGCAGAGCACAGAAAUACAUAUUUAUCGAUCCAAACAUUAUUCAGAGUGCAAAGGAAUGGUUAAUAAACAGACGGGAUUCAGACGGCUGUUUUCUCCAACAGGGAAGACUGUUCCACAACAGAAUGAAGGGUGGAGUCAAUGAUGAGGCAACCAUGACUGCCUACAUUACUGCAUCAUUGCUUGAACUGGAAACUCCAGUCACAGAUCCUGUCAUCAGUGAAGGUUUGUCAUGCUUGAGGUCUGUCAUUGCAGAUGUCAGAAACACUUACACCACUGCUCUGCUCGCCUACACUUUCAGUCUGGCUAGAGACACGCUCACUCGACAGCAGCUUUUCAAGAAACUGGAAGAAGUUGCUAUUUCAGACGAGUCUCUUCUCCACUGGUCUCAGUCUGCAUCUGCUGAUGACUCCGAGUCUCUGGCAGUGGAGAUCAGCUCAUAUGUGCUGCUAGCCGUUCUCACUGCAGAUUCAGUCACCACAGCUGAUCUUGGCUAUGCUAACAGGAUUGUCAGCUGGCUUGUGAAGCAGCAGAAUGCCUAUGGAGGAUUCUCCUCCACACAGGACACAGUGGUGGCUCUUCAGGCUCUGUCUUUGUACGCCACCAAAGUGUUCAGCUCUGACAGCUCCAGCACAGUGACUGUACAGUCAGCAGGAGACACUCACCACUUUGAUGUCAAUCAGGACAACAAGUUACUGUACCAGGAGAAGCAGCUGCAGAACGUUCCAGCCAAAUACAGCAUUGAAGUGAAGGGCUCGACCUGUGUGUCUGUGCAGAUGGCCCAGUUCUAUAACAUUCCCACUCCUACUGAAGCUAAAACAUUGAGCAUUGAUGCUAAGAUUGAGGGAGAUUGCAAAAGAUUGGGACAGAAUUUCAUUUUGAAGUUCACUGUCAAAUAUGAUGGUCUACAGGAAAGGACUAACAUGGCCAUUGUGGAUAUUAAACUCUUAUCUGGAUUCACAGCUGAGACAUCACUUGUGAGUUUGAGUGAUUCAUCACAGCUUGGAAGUUCUUCCAGAAUAUAUGCAUCACUUGUGGAAAGGGUCGAUUCUAAAAAUGAUCAUCUCAUAGUUUAUUUGAAGGAGAUCCCACGAAAUAUUCCAAUCAAUUACCAGAUACAAAUGAAACGGGUUCUUCCAGUGAAGAAUCUCAAGCCAGCUGUGGUCAAAGUGUAUGAUUACUACCAAACAAGUGAUCAGUCAGAGGCAGAGUACUCCUUCCACUGUGAAUGAAGUGCAUCAGCCAUGACAAAGAUGUUUGAACACUCUAAAGUUUAAAAUUAUUAAUUAAGUUAUUAAUUAAGUUUAUUCUUUAUCCUGGACAAAAUUAUUUCCAAUAGCCCAAAUUUGAACAAACCCCCAAAUCAGUUUUUGGCCAACUUGACUAAUGAAUUCUCAAUGCAUAUGAUUAAUAAAAGUGAUGAAAACAA